UUUCUGGGCCAUGUACGCGUGCUUACACGCGUGGGUAGUACGGUGUGUUUGUUGUUUCCCCGAGAAGCUAACCAUAGUCCAAUGAAUAUUUAAGCAGGAAGCAAAAAAUAUCGCCCCCCUCGUCCGCUGUAGAAACCCACUUGCCACUUGCCGGGAAGAGCUCUGCACUAGUUAGCUAGCUAGAAUGUCUCUGCAGGAUGCCUCCUUCGAACGUGUUUGCUAUGUGCACUGCAACUCCUGCAACACCAUUUUAGCGGUGAGUGUUCCUUGUACCAAUUAUAACACCAUUGUAACAGUUAGAUGUGGACAUUGUGCUAAUUUGCUCUCGUUGAGUGUGGGAGCUUUGCUACAAACUGCUCAACUCCAAGAUCUUCAGAAACAGAACCAACACGUCCAAGAUUCCGUUAAGGAUUUUGGGUCUUCUUCCAAUAGUAACAAGGUUUCUGCAUCAGAUCCUCCAGAAAAUGAACUUGCAAUCCGUCACUCUCAGAAGAGACAACGUGUUCCCUCAGCAUACAAUAGGUUCAUUAAGGAGGAGAUCCAGAGGAUAAAAGCAUUGAAUCCUGAUAUUAGCCACAGAGAAGCUUUCAGCGCUGCAGCGAAAAAUUGGGCACAUUUCCCUCACAUCCACUUUGGGCUAAGUCCCGGCGGCAGCAACAAAGGAAAUAUUGGGGAUGCGUUCUGUGAGGAGGCUACAAGAAACACCACUCAAGGAUUCUACUAGCCCAACCUAUCUAUGCCCAUAUAUAUAUAUAUAUAUCUAUAUAUUUACAAGUAGAAUGCAUGCAAGUGUGUAUUUUUAUUUAAAACUACAGACCUAAAACUGGAUCCUCAUGAGAGGGAUUUCUCUCUCUGUCUAUCCAUGUAUGAAUUUAUGUUUGUGUGUGUGUGUACGCGCGGGCGCACCCGUGAGGGAAAUAGACAAUGAUGCACUUUGGCCCUAAA